AUGGAUGAUGGAUAUAGAAACACAAACCAAGUCUCAGAUGACUACAGGUACCAGGAUGGUAACUACGAUGCACCCAAUGACAGCUACUACCGUGGCGGGGAUGAGCCUGCUCAUGAAGAGGAUGCCCAGAGUGAUGUUACAGAAGGCCAUGAUGAGGAUGAUGAGGUCUAUGAGGGGGAGUACCAAGGGAUCCCACACCCAGAUGACAUUAAAGAAAAGCAGAAGAAGCGAGCUCCUGCCAUGGAUGAUGAGUACAGAGACCGUGCUGACCUUAUGGCCGAGAGAAUGGAGGAUGAGGAGCAACUUGCCCACCAGUACGAGAACAUCAUUGAGGAGUGUGGCCAUGGACGCUUCCAGUGGACCCUCUUCUUUGUCUUAGGGUUGGCACUAAUGGCAGAUGGAGUGGAGGUGUUUGUGGUUGGAUUUGUUCUUCCCAGUGCUGAGAAGGAUAUGUGCUUGACCAGUUCGAACAAAGGGAUGCUAGGCUUGAUAGUCUACUUAGGAAUGAUGGUGGGGGCUGUCUUGCUGGGUGGCCUCGCUGAUAAGCUGGGAAGAAAGCAAUGCCUCAUCAUAUCCCUUGCAAUCAAUGCUGCCUUCGCAUUCCUCUCCUCCUUCGUCCAGGGAUACGGAUUCUUCCUCUUCUGCCGCCUUAUCUCAGGCCUCGGUAUUGGGGGUACCCUCCCCAUCGUGUUUGCCUAUUUCUCUGAAUUCCUGUCUCGUGAGAAGAGGGGGGAACACCUGAGCUGGCUUUGCAUGUUCUGGAUGAUUGGUGGCAUUUUUGCUUCAGCAAUGGCUUGGAGCAUCAUCCCACAUUAUGGCUGGGGGUUCAGUAUGGGAACCAAGUACCACUUCCACAGCUGGAGAGUCUUUGUACUUGUGUGCUCUCUGCCCUGUAUCGCCUCCCUGGUGGCACUGAAAUUCAUGCCUGAAAGCCCACGGUUUUUGCUGGAGAUUGGUAAACAUGAUGAAGCCUGGAUGAUUCUCAAGCAAGUUCAUGACACCAACAUGCGGGCCAAGGGUGAGCCAGAGAGGGUGUUUACGGUUUCCUAUAUCAAAACUCCAAAGCAAGUAGAUGAAUUUAUUGAAAUCCAGAGCUCAACAGGGACCUGGUACCAGCGGUGGCUGGUCAGAAUUACGACCACUUUGAAACAGGUCUGGGACAAUGUGCUAUAUUGUUUAACAGCCCAGUACAGGAUGAACACACUGAUGCUGGCUGUAGUUUGGUUUACAAUGGCCUUAAGUUACUAUGGCCUUAUUGUUUGGUUCCCUGAUAUGAUCCGAUAUCUCCAAGAUGAGGCAUAUGAAUCCCGAGUGAAGAUCUUUGAUGAGGAAGAAGUGUCACACUUCACCUUUAAUUUCACCCUGGAAAACCAGAUCCACAGAAAUGGGGAAUACAGGAAUGACAAAUUUAUUGGCAUGAAAUUCAAGGAAGUGAAAUUUGAGGAUUCGUUAUUUGAGGAUUGCUACUUUGAAGAUGUGACAUCUACUGAGACCUUCUUCGAAAACUGCACCAUCAUCUCUACUGUCUUUUACAACACUGAUCUCUAUGAACACAAAUUCAUCAACUGCAGGCUCAUAAACACCACAUUCAUGGAGGAGAAGGAAGGCUGCCACAUCGACUUUGAGGAGGACAAUGAUUUCCUCAUCUACCUGGUCAGCUUCCUGGGCAGCCUGUCUGUGCUGCCAGGCAACAUCAUCUCUGCAUUGCUCAUGGACAAAAUUGGGAGGAUAAAGAUGAUUGGUGGCUCCAUGUUGAUCUCAGCAGUGUGCUGCUUUUUCCUCUUUUUUGGCAACAGCGAGUCGGCAAUGAUCGGCUGGCAGUGCCUGUUCUGCGGGGCCAGCAUCGCCGCCUGGAACGCCCUGGAUGUCAUCACUGUGGAGCUCUACCCCACGGACAAAAGGGCAACAGCCUUUGGCAUCCUCAAUGGGCUUUGCAAGUUUGGUGCCAUCCUGGGGAACUCAAUCUUUUCCUCCUUCGUAGGGAUAACCAAGGUGGUUCCUAUUCUUCUGGCCUCCUCUGCUCUGGUUGGAGGUGGCCUGCUUGCUUUGCGCCUCCCAGAGACUCGAGAACAGGUCCUGAUGUGA